AUGGUUUCAUCAUUAGACUUACAAGCAUUACAAAUUUUUUUACAAGGUCCAAUCUCUCAUGAUAUGAUUCAUAAAUUAGUGGUUGCAACUUUACAAGUUAUACCUUGUAAAGAUACUAAGUCAUCAACUUAUACUACUACAAAUAAUACUAUUAAACAAUUACCUUCAUUAAUGACUUUUUUAACUAAAUUAAUUAAAUAUACAAAUGUUUAUACUGGUACAUUAUUAGCUACAUUAAUAUAUUUGCAAAAAUUGAAGAUUAAAUUACCUAAAAAUGUUCAAGGUUUAGCAUGUACAAGACAUAGAAUUUUAUUAACUUGUUUAAUUUUAUCAUCAAAAUUUCAUAAUGAUUCAUCUCCAAAGAAUAAGCAUUGGGCAAAAUAUACUGAUGGGUUAUUUAACGUUAAAGAUAUUAAUUUAAUGGAAAGACAAUUGAUUUAUUUAUUAAAUUGGGAUUUAAAAGUUUCAAAUGAAGAAAUGUGUAUUGCUUAUCAAUCAUUUUUAGAACCAAUUAAAUUAGAAUUGAUUAAACAAGAAAAAUUGAAAAGAUAUAAACAACAACAACAACAGCAACAAACAAAGGAAAGAUUAUCAUUAUCUCCAUUACAAUUACAUUAUAGACAAAAUUCUUCAAGUUCAAUCAAUUCAGUCAAUUCUUCAACUACCGUGGAAUCACAAUAUUCAAAUUCAGAAAUUUCCCAUUCAACUUCAUCUAGUUCAAUCGCAUCUACUACAUCUAAUUCAUCUCAUACUUCUCCAUUACAAGUUAAAGUUCCAAAGAAUUAUGAUUUGGUUGAUCCAAUUAUUGAAUUAACUGCUUUAAAAGAAGAAAUGGAGUUGAAAAAUUUAUUAAAACAAUUAAAUAAUUCAAAUUCAAGUACAACUAUAAAUUACAAUGCUGCACCACCUGCAUAUUAA